AUGACCGUGGAAACUUCUCAAUACUUUCCUCUCCGACGUACUCCACAGCUUCAACGUCCCGUCUUCACAUCCCAAAACAACGUACCCCUUGCUCUCACAGAAAGUUGCGCAGGUAGCUCUCGUCACACUCGGGUUUCUGCAGUCACUUCGGAGGUUGCCCUUCUUGCUUCAACGUCCCCUGCGCUCUGGCUCUCCGUUUUUAACUCGCCUCCUAAUCGAACAAUCUUCGUCUCCUUCUCAGCACAUUGCGUGAAAACUGUUACUUCUGCCCCGGACGACCUCAACUGA